AUGGGUUUCUCACGACUCCUGCAACUCUUGGCGGACCAGGUGGAGCAUCUCUCCCAUGUGCAGACAGAUCCACACGGCGUGCCGGUGACUGCGACCGUGAAGAACGGAAAAGGUGUUGAAGCGUUGGACUUAGACCAUGCCUUCUUUCAUGCACCAAAGAGGAGGCAUCUCAGCAGCUUCUUAGACAACUCCGACCUGGCUGUGAAGGCUAAGGUUGACAAGAAUGGAACUGAUCACUCGAGCAGCAAAGAUGCAGAUGGGGUCGCCUCAGUCAGCCUGUACAACCCGGAAAAUAGGCGCAUCUUCCUGGCGGCGGCCCCGAUCACCAUCGCCAUUGCCGCCUUUUUCGAGUGCUCGGCAAAGUACCGGAUGGCCGAGACGGACCUCUCUGCACCCCUGCCGCAGGUGGUGGAAGCUGCCACUAAAGAAGAGGAGGCUUUCGGAGGCUCACAGGAACCCGCCGGCAGCACAGAGCGCAGCGCAGCCAUGGCGCAAUUGGCCCUGGCGGCCAUGGCCACAGGCCUUGAGGAGGAGAUUCCAGAGCCCAUCGCGGAUCAAAAUUUCAAUCGAAGAAAAGUGCUGGAUUUGCAACACGAACUCAGCAGAUUGCAGAAACUGUCAUUGAAGCAGCAUGAGGCAGUCUCACAUUUGGAGACUGGCUUGACUUCCAAGAUCUCGGAGGUGGAUUUGCGACGUGCCUUGGGAUUGGCCUUUCAGGAGUUUGAAAAUCGCAUCGAGGAUGCUUUCCAGGACUCCAAUCGAAAGUGCCUCUCCAUGUUCUCCAAGCGAGAAGAUGUAGUGGAAUUGCAGACGCUGAUUAACAAAAAGGUGAACUGGGCUGAGUACAACGCUGUCUUGAAGAAACUGGCGGAUCUUCGGCACUACGUCGAUGGCAUGGCGGAGUCAGUCUUCAUUGGACAGACAGAAGCUCUAGAAUCCGAAUUUGCAAAGAAAGCAAAUGCGGACUGGGUGGAGAAAUGCCUCAGUGACAAAGCCGAAUUCACCGACCUCAACGAUGUCAGAGCUCGUUUGGAGAGGCUAGAGGUGCUGGUGGCUCACAAUGAUCAGAAGCAGACCUCAAAGCUUCAGGCCAUGCGAGAAGAGACUGCCUCGAGCAAUAACGACAUGUUCCAGCGACAGUCGGCGCUCAUGAAAGAGGCAAACAGCACAAUGACAGAAAGCAAGCAGCAAUUCCUGGAUAUGAAGAACAUGAUCGAGCGUCAUGAAGUGCGGCUGAAACAUGCAGACAGCUCCUUGAUGGAUCUCAGCAAAGCCCAGCAAGAAAUAGCAACAUUGGCCACACAGACCUUGUUGCCACGCAUUGAGCUGGUAGAGACCUCCUUGCAGAGAAAAGACCAGGCGGAUGCUGCCAAGAGCGACCUCAUGAAGCAGCUCGAACAGAGAUCGGACGCGCUGAAGGGGGUUGUGGAUGACAGGCUUGAAGAAAUGAAUCGGCAAGGAGAGCAAUUUCGGGAACAGCUCGAGUUUUUAAUGCAGGCCACCGAGAUGCUGAAACGCAGACUGCGUGAGAUGACAAAAAACCAGAACGGAAAGAUGAAGGAGAUCGCCGAUGACCAAGGGAAACAGGUUCAACAGCUUGCAGCCCUCGAGCGUGUCAUGAAGAAGCAGGAGCGCGAGACCCGCGCUGAGCUUCGUUCAAGGGCCACAGGUGACUCUUGGCGUUGUGCUCUGCCAUUAGUGGCAGCAGAAGAAGACCCUAACGCAAGGCUCACUGGCGUGCUUGAGCAGUUGCAGAAGAUAGCUGGGGGAACUGGAGGAUUCUCGGAGGACAGCACGCAUGUGAGUUCCUUCUUCAAUCCGAGCCGCCCCAUUGGCACUGCAGAGACCACGGGUGAGUGGGGUGCAGGGCCAGGGCUCAAUGAUGUGCGCGCCAUGGCUUCCACUGGGGGCGCGCGGGGCAUGUAUGGUUUAAGUCCCAGAGUGCCGUUGCCAACGAGCAACCGGACGAUGAGCAAGAAGGCCAAAAGCAUCGAGCCUAAAGAGUGCUGUGAAGGCAAGGGGGUCCAGCUCACCGGGACUGGGCUGAAGGUCCUGGAGCCCUACAUCAUGGGACCGACAUCAUUGAAAUGUGCUGGCUAUGCCGCGGCUCAUGUUACACUUCUUGGAGUUGGACUGUAUGUGGAUGUUGCGCUCACACAGUGGAACGGCGUUUUCUGGACUGCGCUGCAAAACCAUCAGUCGAAGCAGUUCUACCGGCUCCUGUGGGAUUUCGUGAUCAUCACUGGGGUGACUGGCUUUGUCGGAACAUACAGCGACUACCUCAAUGGCAUGUGGCAUUUGCAUGCGCGUGACCACUUGACUCGCCACUUCAAUCAGCUCUGGGUGAGCACUGGCGCAAUGUGCAUGAUGCGGCAAAGUUCCGUACAGGUGGACAAUCCCGACCAGAGGAUUGACCAAGAUGUCGAUGAAUUUGUGGGUUCGACUCGGGAGCUGGUCUUUGGUGGAUUGGGAUCUGUGGUGAGGCUAGCAAUCUACUUCCCAAUCUUAUUGAGAUCUGCGCCGGCGCCUCUUUUAGGUUUUGUUCUGGUUUGGCCAGUCUUCGGUGCUUUGGUGACUCAUGGCCUUGGCCGGCGGCUGAUCCCCUUAUCUGUGGCGGGGCAGUCGGCCAACGCCAACUUCCGGUCCGAGCUGGUCUACGCGCGCGAGAAGGCGGAAUCAUUGGCUUUGAUGCGCGCAGGGCCGCAGCUUGCGCAGAAUUUGCAGGAUCGCUUUGAGGUGAUGAAGCGAGUAGCAUAUGCGGAAUUUGACGUGACCAAGUUUCUGAACUUCUUCAAAAUGAUGUAUGAGGAGUAUGGCACAGUCGAGCCUUUCGUUCUUCUUGCACCUGCAUAUUUCACAGGUGCCCUUGACCUUGGAAAACUCAUGCAGCUUCGCAUGAUCGUGGAGCGGGUCUCGCAGUCCUUAACAUUUCCGGUGGCUGCGUACGAACAGGCCGUGGGCUGGCGAGUGGCAGCCAACCGCCUGGCCGCCUUGGCUGCGGCCUCCACGGCCUCCAUGGCGUCCUCCUCAGCAUCCCCGAGCCCGGAGGAAACGGCGUUGAAAGUGGAUGGCCUCAACUUGCGAACGCCCGAGGGAAGGCUGCUAUUGGAGAACCUGAGCCUUGAAGUCCCCUUUGGCGAACGGCUACUGGUUGUCCUGCCAGCCUCUGGUGGCAAAUCCCUGCUCUUGCGGGCGAUUGCCGGGCUAUGGAGCCACAUGUCUGGCAGCAUCGAAAAGAGCGACGAUGCUGUUUUCAUUCAGGGCUUUGAAUUUCCUCCCUUGAGUCUGCGACAGCUGCUUUGCUACCCACAGCCGGCAGAAGGAGAUUCUCAACUGGCGCUGCACAUGGUGGACUUAGCAUCAUUGCUGGCAAGAUAUCCCCCUGACCGGCAAUGCCAAUGGGAGGAGGUUCUCUCGCCUGAAGAGCAGCAGCGCUUGCUGAUCGCUCGUUUACUAUUAAGACAGCCACGCUUGGCGAUGUUGGACGAGCCUCUAGCAGCCUUGUCCGAGGAGGAUGCUUGCAGGCUGUUGAGGCAGAUUUCCCCAGAGACCGCCGUUGUGAGUUUCUCCAGGACUCGUCGGCUGGCCGCUGCCCACCAUCGUGUUGUGGAACUCGGGGCUGCUCCGGACUGUGUGCCAUCUGUGUCCGACUUCAAGAGUGAGGAGCGCAAGGUGAGUGCAGCACGACCAAUACGCUUGGGCCACAACGGCCACAAGGUGCUGAAAGCCACGGAUUGA